AUGGAUUCCUCCAAGCAAGAGUCUUCGCUGAGCGAAGCCAAGUACAUCAAAUUCCCUUCUCUGCCCGCAGACGCGAAGCAUCCGGAUGGCUCCCCCGCACUCAAUCGCUAUUCCCACACAAUCACCAAGGACCAUGAUUUCCCCGGCGCAAGGGCUAUGCUCUACGCCGCCGGUGUCCCCGACAAGGAAGCAAUGGCCAAGAGCCCACAUGUCGGUAUCGCCUCAGUAUGGUGGGAGGGCAACCCUUGCAACAUGCACUUGCUGGAUUUGGGAAAGACUGUUAAGAAGUCAGUGAUGGAUAAGGGCAUGAUUGGAUGGCAGUACAACACAAUUGGUGUCUCGGAUGCCAUCACUAUGGGCAGAAUGAGAUUCUCUCUUCAGACCCGAGAGGUCAUCGCCGACAGUGUUGAAACUGUCACUUGUGCUCAAUACCACGACGCCUGUGUUGCCAUUCCCGGCUGUGACAAGAACAUGCCUGGCGUUGUGAUGGGUAUGGCUCGCCACAACCGCCCUUCGAUUAUGAUCUACGGUGGAACUAUUGCCAUUGGAUACUCUGAGCAUCUCCGGAAGCCCAUCAAUGUUUCGACUUGCUUCGAGGCUGCCGGAGCCUACGCCUACGGCACUCUGCGCCAGCCUGAAGAUGGCGGUGACACCAGCAAGACCCAGGACGAGAUCAUGGAUGACUUAGAACAGCACGCUUGCCCUGGUGCUGGUGCCUGUGGUGGUAUGUUCACAGCGAACACCAUGGCCACUGCCAUUGAGUCCAUGGGUCUCUCUCUGCCCGGCUCAUCUUCCACGCCUGCCGAGUCACCGUCCAAGAUGCGUGAGUGUGUCCGCGUUGGCGAGGCCAUUAAAAUUUGUAUGGAGAAGAACAUCAGACCUCGGGACCUGCUGACCAAGCGGUCAUUUGAGAAUGCCCUGGUGAUGACCAUGGCUUUGGGUGGUAGCACCAACGGUGUGCUUCACUUCCUGGCCAUGGCCCGGACGGCCGGUGUCAGCCUCACCCUAGAUGACAUCCAGCGGGUCAGCAACAAGAUCCCCUUCAUUGCCAACCUAUCACCUAGUGGGAAGUACUACAUGGCCGAUCUGUAUGAGAUCGGUGGUAUCCCAUCUGUCCAAAAGCUACUCAUUGCAGCCGGUUUGCUAGACGGAGAUAUCCCCACUGUGACAGGCAAGACUCUUGCCGAGAAUGUGGCCUCCUUUCCAUCCCUGCCUGAAGGCCAAGAUCUGAUUCGCUCCUUGGACAACCCAAUCAAAGCCACUGGCCACAUCCAGAUCUUACGUGGAAACCUUGCACCCGGCGGCGCGGUCGCCAAGAUUACCGGCAAGGAAGGUCUCCGAUUCAGUGGCAAAGCCCGCGUCUUCGACAAGGAGCACCAACUUAACGAGGCUCUCAAUGAAGGUCGCAUCCCCCGCGGUGAGAACCUUGUCAUCAUCGUGCGCUACGAGGGCCCUAAGGGCGGCCCGGGUAUGCCGGAACAGCUUAAGGCCAGUGCCGCCCUAAUGGGUGCUCAGUUGACAAACGUGGCUCUGAUCACCGAUGGACGUUACUCAGGUGCCAGCCACGGGUUCAUUGUUGGGCACAUUGUGCCUGAAGCCGCUGUGGGUGGCCCGAUUGCAUUGGUCCGUGACGGAGAUAUCGUCACCAUUGAUGCUGAGACCAACUCACUUUCCAUGAAUGUGUCAGAUAAGGAGAUUGAGGAGAGACGUCACCAGUGGUCACCCCCUACACCGCAAAUCACUCGCGGUGUGCUUGCCAAGUACGCCCGAUUGGUCAGUGAUGCGUCGCAAGGAGCCAUGACGGAUCUGUUUUAA